CUUUCACCAAAACCCUUGUUUCUCAAUCCCGCAAUAGCCUCCGGCAAUGGCGACCCAACCCAGAAGAGGCGGCGUUUCCCUCCCGGAAAGGCGAGGUUCAUCGAAGCCCGAAUCCGGCAUUCUAGCUAAGAUUACAAGCUCCCCGAUUGUGUCUCGUGGCAGGCAAGCGGCUUGCGACGCCGCGUUCGUCUCCAAGAAGCUCCUGCGCAGCACUGGAAAAGCCGCGUGGAUCGCUGGUACCACCUUUUUGAUUCUAGUCGUCCCCUUGAUUAUCGAGAUGGACCGUGAGCAGCAGCUCAACGAGCUCGAGCUUCAGCAGGCCAGCCUCCUCGGAGCCCCUCCAGCUGCCCCAGCUCACAAGUGAUCGGUCCCAGGUUAGAGCGUGUUUCCGUGUUGUAUCAGUCUCUGUCUGAAUAAUUUAGCAUCGUUUUAGGUUCUUUCUUUUCCUGAUUUUCCCCAAUUGGAGAUCUGCUUGCUCUGUAAUCACUUGAAUGCGCCUGCGCAACCUGAGUUUUUAGAUUUAGUUUCUCUUAGGGGGUCAAUUUAUUAAGUGGUUCUACUCUUGUGUUGUCUUUAGAGCUUUUGGACAUAAUUUUAUGAAAUUUGGAGGCUUUGCUCAUUUCUGGUUUUGGAUUGUGUUAGUGUGGGAGUGAAUAUUCACUGGAUUUUAUGGGGCUAAUCUAUGGGUUCAGAAUUUUGGUAUUGUGUGUUGCCUUCCCUUAACAUAAUGCAGAGGCAUUUGAAAGUGCCAAGGAUGGUUUUACAUUGUUGUGAUGUGAACACUGAAUCAUUGAUAUAUCCAAUAUAUCCGCAUGUCUUUU